AUGAACAAUGGAGAGAGUGCUUUGGGACAUGACGGGUUUAGAGAUUGGAAGCAUGUUAGUGAGAGACUCAAAGAACAUGAAGCCAGUGUUGAGCAUAUUACCGGCAUGGUCCGUUGGAAGGAACUGAGAACUAGACUGAGCAAACAUGAAACAAUUGAUAAGGAGUUGCAGCAUGAGAUCACAAAGGAGAAGGAGCGCAUAAGGCAAGUUUUACUAAGAAUAGUUGUUGUUGUGAAGUUUCUUGGUAAACGUAAUUUGGCUUUUAGUGGAUCCAAUGAGGAGCUUUACAAUGAUAACAAUUCUAGCAUUACACACACUAUUCUAAAGGUAGUUAAAGAGGCAAAAUAUUUCUCGGUUAUUCUUGAUUGUACUCCAGAUGUUAGUCACCAAGAGCAAAUGAGUUUGUUGGUUCGAUGUGUUGAUAUGUCGAAUGCCCAAAUAAAAAUUGAGGAGUACUUUCUAGGUUUUUUGGUGGUGAAUGACACAUCUGGUGAAAGGCUUUUCAAUGUGUUGGUUGAAUCCAUCAAAGCACAUGGUCUUCUUAUUGAUGACAUCAGGGGUCAAGGUUAUGAUAAUGGCUCCAAUAUGAAAGAUUGGUUCGGGCUUACAAGCUCUCCUAACCGUGGCCUCAGCCUGUUGGCCAAGAGCUUGGAGAACAGUUUGGAGAAACUGUGCAUGAGGCUGAUCGGGUGA